UACCGUGUAAACUUGUAAAAACAUGAAGCAAAUUUUCUUAGUUUUUUAAAAACGAAAUUGCAUUUUGUUGAGACCCACAAAUGGUACCGCCAUCGUCAUGAACAGCGCGUUGGUACGUACGUUUUUGUUGUGUGUGUUGCUGAGUGGUAGCGCGCGUCCAUGUGCAUUUCUUCGGCGGCAUGUUCGCGUACGUUCGUUUCCGCGACGACAACGAAAAGCGAAUCGUCCCAGUGGCUGCAUGUAAACACCUCAAGCCGAACGAUACGAGCGAUUUUAAUCCUCGCAAAUGGUACAAAGUCUUCUGGAAAGAUGAAACACACUGCGACCACUACCACGCUCAAGUGAUUAGGCCUUACGCUACCGAGGACGAUGCAGGGAAGGCUACCGAAAAACGAACUUCCAUUCCGCAAAGACCUGGCAGCGACUCCUCCUAUAGCUGCAGUUCAAAUGAAGUGGAUGGAUCGUUUGAAGAACGUCAAGCUGCUGUUAAACAGAAAAUGAAGGAUGUGAGCAGCCAUUUUAAGAAGAAGCAGCGAGACCUCCUGUUUGGUGAUGCUGAGGGCGGAAAAAAGACCGAGAAAGAACUUCUCAAAGAAGAAGUGAAUAUGCUGAAGGCCGAAAAUUCAAAACUCUUGGACCGAAUAAGAAUGCUCGAAAAGGCCCUAUGCAGCAAAAUUUUCAAAACAGAAAAAAACCUCGUUCUGUGCGAGGGCUGCAGCCGCAAGCCAGAACAACAAGUUGCGCCUUUGCCAUCGCCAUGUGCUGCCACGCACCACCACCAUGCAGCCGCCGCGCACCGCUACCGUGCAGCCACUGCGCACCACCACAGCGACCCCGGGCAGCCCUGAAGUGGCCCACACAAGUGCGAGGGAGGCCGAUUACGUGACCACUGACGGAGAGGUAUUGUAAAACUCUAGUGUGCUUUGUCUUAAAGGUAUAAUGCUUUGCUGUAAUGAGAAAAUGUGCAUUGACAUAUUGUUGUGUGCACAUCAUCUUUA